AUGAACCCCCUCAUCACCCUCGCCUCAAUAACCCUCUCCCUCGCCUCCCUCAUCGCAGCAGAAGGCAACAACGUCGGCUUCUACCCGCAAACCAACUGCGGCGGCGGCGCCACAAAGAUGGAAGUCCAAUACGACGACACCUGCUACAAAUCCCCCCUCACGGCCGCCGCCUUCAACAGCUACGACCUCAAAGCGCAGUGCAACUUCUACGCGGACCUGGAGUGCUCGGUGCCGUGCAAGGUCAGCGAGGAUGGGGCGACGACGUGCUUGAAUGUGGAUUGUGGGGGUGGGGUUGGGUUUGAGUCGCUUUCUUGUAGUGAGGGGACUUCGCCUAUCUAG